AUGGGCUUACACAUAUUCUGGCCAGCCAGCGCCUGCCUGACGCUCUUCGUCGUCGGCGUGAUAAUGAUUCUCAUCAAAUACGGGCCUAGUAUUUGCGGACGAGGUCAGGACUCGCGGUACGAGCGGAAAGAGUAUAACGAGGAAGAUGAAAAUAGUCAGGCUUACGCCCGAGAAAUUUCGGAAUCAGUGGCUUGAAAAACAAAAAUUAACUAGUGGCCUCAUCACGUACCUUUUAUAUAGAUAUUUUAUAACUCACUUUUAUAUUUUAUUAUGAUAAUUAAUGAGAAUGUUCCGUCCAUUAUGUAAUUUUUUACAUAGAGCUUAUU